AUGGCUACUCAAAAGUACAUCCAAAAAGCAGAUGACUUGAUUAAGGCUAACCCAUACUUGAUGAUUUCGAAAUCUUGGUGCCCAGAUUGUCACUACACUUACAAAGUAUGGGCAAAAUAUAAUGUAUCAGAUAAAGUUCACAUUAUUGAAUUCGAUAAAUUUGAAAAUCAAACGGAAGCUAUUGAGCUUGAAAAGGCUUUCACUCAAAUUUCUGGUAGAAAAUGGGUUCCUACGAUUUUUUUCAACGGAAAGUUGUUGGGAACUGAACAAGAUUUGAAGAGAUGGGAGAGUGAAGAUAAAUUGGAAACAAUCUUUAGAACCGAAAAAUUAAUUUAA